AUGACACGUACGUUUCCGUAUAAUAAGUCCGGUCCCCAGGCACGAUCAAAUCAAAUCAAAUUCAUUCCAAGGUAGAAACACCUUUCAAAUAUCCUUAGUCUCCACCUUCACUGCAAUUCCCAGCUCCACACCUAAAGACCAAAUGCCUCGUCCAGAUCAGCUCAACACUCCACCUCAAUCCUUCUUCCAGUCUAUUCUCAAUGCAUCUGUCCAAGUUCUUAUGAUUAUCCUCAUCCAUACCAGACUUCGAUCCAAGGAUUACACGUUAUGA